GGAAGUGUGAUAUAAUAAUAUUCGAGGGGUCGAUCGUCUCGUGAGCGAUGAUAUAGAACUCUACACAGAGGAGGAAGAAGGAUCUUGCGUCAAUUCUCUGCGGACUAAAGAGAGUUCAACAAUUCUCAGAUCUGAUCGUAGUUUAUUUAAAUCCUGACGCAGUAAAAAUGUCGUCUACCUUUAGCGGCGAUGAAACUGCUCCAUUCUUCGGCUUCCUCGGCGCUGCAGCUGCCCUAGUUUUCUCCUGUAUGGGAGCUGCUUAUGGAACCGCAAAGAGUGGUGUUGGUGUGGCCUCCAUGGGUGUUAUGAGGCCAGAGCUUGUGAUGAAAUCGAUCGUUCCUGUCGUUAUGGCCGGAGUUUUAGGUAUUUAUGGCCUAAUUAUUGCCGUCAUCAUAAGUACUGGAAUAAACCCCAAGGCCAAAUCAUAUUACCUUUUUGAUGGUUACGCACACCUUUCUUCUGGUCUUGCUUGUGGUCUCGCUGGACUCUCUGCUGGAAUGGCGAUUGGGAUCGUUGGUGAUGCUGGCGUUAGAGCUAAUGCACAACAACCAAAACUCUUUGUUGGAAUGAUCCUGAUUCUCAUCUUCGCGGAAGCGUUGGCGCUUUAUGGGCUCAUUGUUGGUAUUAUCCUCUCUUCCCGAGCUGGUCAGUCCAGAGCAGACUGAGGAAUAGGAGAACCUUGCGAUUUCUGUGUGCUUUGUUGGUAUCAUUUGGAAGUUCCAGAAGUUCCAAGUUCUUUGCAACCUAGUGAUGGUAGUUCAAUCAUGCGUAUCUGUCGCGGCGAAAUUUCUUCACUUGGAAACUGAUUGAUUUACUGACUUCAUUUGGCGGUUGCUUUGUACUGGUUGUAGAAUUAUUGUGUUUCUUGCCAAAAUAAAGCUUGGGAAGCUUACCAUUUAUCAAUUACUGUAUUUUGCAAACAUAAGUAAUAGAUGGUGUAGAAACAGUGUCAUUCUGGAUUAAAGAGCCUGCAUGGUUGUUAGUUCU